AUGCAUGAAACGUUAGGUAAUGUUAUUUGGAUCGCUGUUAAACCUAUUAUCAAGAUUUACUUGAUCAUUGGUGUUGGUUUCGGUCUUUGUAAAAUGGGUAUAUUAACAGCUGAUGCUACUAGAAGUAUUUCAGAUAUUGUCCUAACUGUUUUAUUACCUUCUUUAUCAUUUAAUAAAAUUGUGGGUAAUAUUGAAGACCAAGAUAUUAAAUUUGUUGGUAUAAUUUGUUUAACAUCAAUUUUAAUCUUUGGUACUGGUCUAGGAUGUGCAUAUAUUAUUAAAAAAACUUUACCUGUCCCAAAGGCUUGGGGCGGUGGUAUUCUAGCAGGUGGUAUGUUCCCAAAUAUUAGUGAUUUACCGAUUGCUUAUUUACAAACUUUAGAUCAAUCUACUAUGUUUACUACUGAAGAAGGUAAUAAAGGUGUUGCUAAUGUUAUUAUUUUCUUAGCAAUGUUUUUAUUCUGUGUAUUUAAUUUAGGUGGUUUCCGUCUUAUUGAAAAUGAUUUCAAUUAUAAAGAUGAAGAAAGUGGUGUUAGAGAUAGUGAAAUGUCAUCCGUUAUCUCUCCAUUAGCUUCUAUUCGUGAAGAAGACGAAUCUCCAAUUGGUAUUCAUCAUAAUGAUUUGUCCUCAUCUUCAUCCUUAAGUGGGAAAUCUCGUUCUGUGGUAAAUGGUGAAAAGAAUGGUUUUAAUAGUGGUUCUGUAACACCAUCUGAAGUUAAUCAUGAUCAAGAGAAAAAUAUGGUAACUAAGUUAGGUGCAGGUGAUUCAUCAUCCUUAUCUAAUCAAAACUUAGAUGAUUCAACUACUGAAGAUCUUGGUGAUAUGCCAAUGGCUGCAGUUAAUAACGAUUUACAUUCUGUUCAAUCUUCUAUUGCUACUUCUGUGGAUUCCCAAGCUUCUGCAGGUGACUACAACCGUGAAUUAGGUGUCCCAGCUGCAAGACGUACUAUGAGUCAACCAGUCGCUUAUACUGAAGAUGAUAAUGGUUCUAUGGGUAGACGUCAAACUUAUAGUCAAUAUAGUUUGAAUUCAGAAUUAGCCUUGACUCCUGUUCGUUCUUUAGAUAAACGUGAUUUCCCAACUGAAGGUCUUGACGAUAUCGUUAGAGAAUAUUCUAAUGUUGAUCAAUAUGGUGGAAGAAGAGCCUCUGUAGUUGCUUCUUUACAAAAUGAAGAUGCUUCUAAUGAUCAAGCUUCUCAUGUUUCAAGUCUACAAAGAAUUAGAUCAUCAAAUUUAACUAAAAUUUUAACAUCUGAUGCCACAGUUAGUAAGAAAGAUAUUGAAGAAUCUGGUGGUUCAUUACCAAAAUGUAUUAGGAAAUUCCCAUUGACUCCAUUCAUUGUCUUUUUCUUAAAGAAUUGUUUAAGACCUUGUUCAAUGGCUGUUAUUGCUGCUUUAACAAUUGCUUUCAUCCCCUGGGUAAAAGCUUUAUUUGUUACAUCUAGUAAUACACCAAAUAUUAAGCAAGCUCCAGAUAAUCAACCAGCUCUAAGUUUUUUCAUGGAUUUCACAAGUUACGUUGGUGCUGCCUCCGUUCCAUUUGGUUUAAUCUUAUUAGGUGCUACUCUAGGUAGAUUAAAGAUUAAGAAAUUAUACCCAGGUUUCUGGAAAUCAGCUGUCUUAUUAGUCUUUUUAAGACAAUGUGUCAUGCCAAUCUUUGGUGUCUUAUGGGCCGAUCGUUUAGUUAAAGCAGGUUGGUUAGAUAGAGAAAAGGAUGAAAUGUUACUGUUUGUUAUGACAAUCAAUUGGGCUUUACCAACAAUGACUACUUUGAUUUAUUUCACUGCAAGUUAUACACCUGUCGAUUGUGAGGAUCCAAUCCAAAUGGAAUGUACUGCAUUUUUCCUAAUGUUGCAAUAUCCCCUAUUGAUCGUCAGUCUUCCAUUCGUCGUCACUUACUACUUGAAGGUCUACUUGAAGAAGUAA